AUGUUUCACAGCUCCGUAAUGAAUGACCAGCUGAUCAGACAGGUAAGGGAGAAAAUAUAUAUAUAUAUAUACACUUCUCUCAUCUCAUCCCGUUUUUUUUGCAUUGAUGGGAGGGAAACUAAACUCAAGGAUAUACAGAUCUCUUUUUUGUAACCCGCCUAGACUUUCUGUGGCUGUCGAAUCCUAGUCUUCCCAAUGCAUUUCAAAUCCUUGCAAGGCAGGUGUCUGGGCAAUUGAUGCCUCUUGAGUUUAGCUCCACUGAGCUAAACAAACCAGGAAGUAUAAGGACAGAUUAUCUGAUUGACAGCCAGUGUGGUGUAGCAAGGCUAAUUUAUAAAACUAUGAAUUUCCAUUGAAAUCUACACUCUUUUUAUACAAUGGGGGGAAAAUAAGACAUACUAUUCAUAUACAAAGCAUUUCAGCAUGCUACGGGGAUCUAGGAGUCUGCAGUAUAAGAACAUUUUAUUAGAUUUACUAUUCUAAUAGUUAUUUUGUUUGUUCAUGGCAGCUGAAACUGAUUUGUGCACAAAUCUAUCAGAGACUGUUUUGAGACUGAUUAUUUUUAACAAUGAAAAUAUUUUUUUAUUUAGGAUCAGUGUGAGUUUGAGGAGGUGGCCGUUUACUUCUCCGAGGAGGAGUGGGACUAUUUAAAUUAUGAAGAGAAGGAGCUUUACCGGGAUGUGAUGAUGGAGAAUUUCCAGACCCUCAGCUCUCUGGGUAAGAAAAUCCAAUCCUUCUUAAUGAUCUUAAUCUUUUACACCUGAAAACAAAACAUGUUUUCAGACACAGGGCUGGAUUAAGAGCCUAUUGGAUCUGGUUCUGCUGAUUAUGAUGAGAAUUAUUGAAGAAUCAUUGUGAUAGGAAGCACUAAAACAGCCAUUCCUCCUCCGUAUCUUGCAUCUGGUGAAGGUGGUGUUUAGCAAUACUCUUACCCUAUAUAUAACUUUCUUACAUCUGAGCCUGGUUUUCCUGUCCAUCUAACAAGCCUCACGGCUCUCAUAUCCUCUCUCCAACUAAUCUCAAACUCUGAAUCCUGUCUGUUCAGGAUGUAUUUGUCCACUCUUCAUUUCCUUCAUACUUGCAUGCAGGAGCUCCUGGUAUGCAGUCUGGGACAUAGAACUAAAGGGAUGUAGUGAGUGUACCAGAAAGGGCCAUAACUAGGACCCAGUGCUGGAAUAAAAAAAUGCCCACCUUUAAUGCUCAAGUAAUACAUCUAGGUGGGAUGUAUGUGUUGGCUGAGUGUGAGGCCACGUAAAUACUUUUCUGCUUCACUACAUUGAGCGCAAGAGAGAGCUUAAAGUGCUCCCUGAUCUCUGCCUCCUUUUGACAGGUGGAACUCCAAGACACGAUCAUAAUGGCAACUGUUGUGACCCUGGUAUUUCUACCACUGAAGGAAACUUGGCACACUUUUCAGAGAUAACAAGAGCAUGUUGGACUGUUAGAGAAAUAGAAGCUGCAGGAGUAUUUGCACAGUGCAUUACUUGUUUUCCAUUGCUCAAUAUAAUAGAUUAAGAACAUGUGAGGAGGAGUGAAGUAAAUCAAAUAAUUUCGUAUUUUCCACCAAUAAUGGGUCUAUUUCAUGGACAUGGUCCAUUAGCCCUGUAUUAAUCCAGCCCUGUUUACACACAUUCUACUAAAUCACGGAUAAGAUUUUAUUGGCCUACAAUGCACGGAAUUCUUUGCAAUACAUGGCCAAAGAAUCAUGGGCGUUGUUUUUCAAAAACAUCUAAGAGGCCUAGCGUUUGACAUACCUGUUGUAAAUCACUCAAUAUAUAUAUGAAAUAUAUAAAUCAGAAUAACAUCUUAUUAAAUACAAACAGGAUGGAUCAAUACAGUGCCUCAAAUUAUAUCUGUGAUAGAGCGAGGAGAAGAUCCCUCUGUAAAGGGUCACCGAUGGAUUAAGGCGACACAGAGUCCUACAAACAGUGACACGGGUUAGUAAUGAAUAAUAAACAUGCAUGCACGGCACUCUGACGGGGGCGGCAUUUGUCAUCAGUGGCGGCUCUCUAAUUAGGUGAGUUUGGCGGCCACCUAAGGCCUUGCACCAGCCUAACUCGCCAUGACUUUGUCAGGUCCUCCUUCCCUCACCGGGGACCCGACACCAAGAGGGGGCCCGGUGGCUUGCUUGGUAUGCCGCCGGAUGCGAGACCCCUACAGUCUGCCCUGAGAGGCAGAGAGCCAGCACAGUCUGGAGCUCCGCCGGGUGUGAGCGGCAGACUGUGCAGUGUCUCGCGAUUUCUGGCCAAUCAGAGCGUUGCCGCAGGUUACCACAGCAACGCUCUGACUUCUGGAGAUCGGGAGACACUGCACAGUCUGCCGCUCACAACCGGCGGAGCUGCGGACUGUGCUGGCUUUCUGCCUCUCAGGGCAGAAUAGAGAAACAGCCCACCUGACCACGAGGGAUCAAAGACACUGGACCACCAAGGGAAAACAAUGAAAGUUUUUUUUUUUUUUAUUAUUUUUUUUUUUUUUUAUUACAAUCCCCUCACUGUCACCCCACCCCACUGUGUCACUCCCUCUCUCACUCUGUCACUCUGCCACCUGUCACCCCCUUCCUUAGUGUCCCUCCCUCAGUCACUCUGCCACCUUUCCCUCACUGUCUCACCCCUUCCCUCAGUCACUCUGUCACCCUCUCCCUCAAUCAUUCUGCCACCCCCUCACUGUACCUUUAAGAAAUGUGUAGUGCAGGGCUUGGGACGAUUUAGAUAGAUAGAUAUAUAUAAAUAUACAGUUCUGAAGAGUCGUACACCUCCAGCAGCAGCAGCCAGUACUCUUCUCUUGCGAGCACGGCAACAAUCUCGGAGCUUGCGAGAGAAGAGUACUGGCUGUUGUUGGAGGUGUAAGAUUACACUCAGGGCCCCCUCUUCACUGUCCUCUAGCUCUACUGGACCACCAGGGAAUCAUGUAUCCCACCUCCAUGCCCACAGGUAAGAGGCAGGGAGGGGGCAGGGGGGAUAAGUUAAACAUAAAAAUUUUUAAAAAAAAUAAACUGCUCACCCCCACAUUUAAUUUAUCACCAUAAACACACUACAACACAACAAACACACACUCCAUGCACUACCCACACUGCGUCCACUAUACACACUGUGUCUAAUAUGAGAGAUAUAUAGAUAUAUAUCUCCACUAUACAUACACACACACUGCAUCCACUAUGCACAUACACACACUCUGCAUCCACUAUGCACAUACACACACACACUCUGCAUCCACUAUGCACAUACACACACACACUCUGCAUCCACUAUGCACAUACACACACACACACACACACACUCUGCAUCCACUAUGCACACACACACACACACACACUCUGCAUCCACUAUGCACAUAUACUCACACUGCAUCCACUAUGCACAUACAUGCACAUACACACACACACACACACUGCAUCCACUAUGCACAUACACACACACACACACACACACUGCAUCCACUAUACAGACACACGCUGCAUGCAAUCCACAGCCACUGCACACACUGCGGCCACUAUAUAAAUACACACUCUGCAUGCAUCCAGACUGUUAUCCUUUGAUCCAGGCAGCAAAAUGCCUUGGGCCAGCCCUGACUACAUGUAUGUAAAUAUGUGUUGUUAUACAUCACGUUAAAGCAGGAAUAGUUUUUAUACAGACUUGAUGAAUAAUGUGAGAGUCCUAUGAACUCUGGCAAUAUUGGUAAUAAAUAAAUUUGGCGAAUGCUAGCCCAGUUCAGUAAUAAAUACUAAACAAGCAGGUGUUUAAAUCAGUGUCACUAUACACCAUAAUAAAAAGAGAACAAAAACACAUGGUCAUUAUACCUACUACAGUAAUCCAAAGUAUAUUUAGUAACAACUAGAUCGAAUCAAUGUGCCAAGGCUAAAAACAAAGACUUGCACUGCAACCCCUUUUAUAUUACAUCCCAUUAUAAAGGGAAUUAGGGACGUGUAAACUAAAAGAUACAUUUUAAUUUAGUGAAAUUAGACUAGUUACUAAUGGUCAGUCAUUGUUUGUAAUGUAAUUUGUCCACAUGAUUUGUGUGUUUUUUAGUUUCUUUCUGUGUGUAGGUAAUCUAAUAGUGAGAAAUGCCACAGUUUUGCAAGGAGGGCGAUUAUUUUUUCUUUUGGAAUGUGAUCCUUUGUUAAGAAAUUAAUUUAUAAUUGUUUCUUUUUACACGCUAUACAUUUCUUUUAGAUGACAUGGUGUACAAACUUUGUUCUAAGAAUCUUUGCCCAAAGGGAAAUCCAUUGAUCACGAGUGCGAGGAAAUCCCUUAUAAUAAAGACUGUUGACUCAACCUCCCAGGAACAUGGAACUCCUUCUGAAUCUUGUGGGACUACACCUCCGAUACUAAGCAAAGGCAACAGAGAUUUUUCAUGCUGUGAAUGUGGGAAAACCUUUUCCUUUCAAUCCUCUUUUGUUAAACAUCAGAAAAUUCACACAAGACAGAAAUUGUUCUCGUGUUCUGAGUGUGAGAAAUGUUUUAGCUGGCAUGCACAUCUUGUUAGACAUCAGAGAACCCACACAGGAGAGAAACCAUUCUCAUGUUCUGAAUGUGGGAAAUGUUUUAGCCGGGAAACCCAUCUUGUCAGACAUCAGAGAACUCACACAGGACUGAAACCUUUCUUAUGUUCAGAAUGUGGGAAAUGUUUCAGACAGCAUUCAAAUCUUGUAACACAUCAGAGAACUCAUACAGGACAGAAACCAUUCUCAUGUUCGCAGUGUGGCAAAUGUUUUAGCCAGCACUCUCAUCUUGUUAGACAUGAGAAAACUCACACAGGAGAGAAACCGUUCUUUUGUCCUGAAUGUGGAAAAUGUUUUGUCAGUAAAUCAUAUCUUGAUAUACAUCAAAAAACUCAUACAGGACAGAAACCGUUCUUUUGUUCUGAGUGUGGGAAAUGUUUUGGUCGGCUCUCAAAUCUUGCCAUACAUCAGAGAAGUCACACAGGAGAGAAGCCUUUCUCCUGUUCUGAAUGUGGGAAAUGUUUUACCCGGCGCUCACAUCUUGUUAAACAUCAAAGAACUCACACAGGACAGAAACAUUGGUAA